AGUUGCGUCACGCGCCGUACGUCGCCGCGCGUGCGCUCCUUUCCACGUGCGAAAGCACAGAACUCGUGUAGUCUGGGACGCCGCAGAGUCCGGAGCCGGGGAGCUGAGCUCUCGCCAUGAAGCCAGGUUUCAGCCCCCGUGGGGGCGGCUUCGGUGGCCGAGGGGGCUUUGGUGACCGUGGUGGUCGUGGUGGAGGCCGAGGAGGCUUUGGCGGGGGCAGAGGUCGUGGUGGCGGCUUUAGGGGCCGAGGCCGAGGAGGCGGAGGACGAGGUGGUGGAGGUUUCCAGUCUGGUGGCAACCGGGGUCGUGGUCGGGGAGGGAAAAGAGGAAACCAGUCGGGGAAGAAUGUGAUGGUGGAACCUCAUCGGCAUGAAGGUGUCUUCAUUUGUCGAGGGAAGGAAGAUGCACUUGUCACCAAAAAUCUGGUCCCUGGAGAAUCGGUUUAUGGAGAGAAGAGAGUCUCAAUUGCGGAGGGAGACGACAAAAUUGAGUACCGUGCCUGGAACCCCUUCCGCUCCAAGCUGGCAGCAGCAAUCCUGGGCGGCGUGGACCAGAUCCAUAUCAAGCCAGGGGCCAAGGUGCUCUACCUUGGGGCUGCAUCAGGCACCACUGUCUCCCACGUCUCUGACAUCGUAGGCGCGGACGGUCUAGUCUAUGCAGUUGAGUUCUCCCACCGCUCUGGCCGUGACCUCAUUAACUUAGCCAAGAAGAGGACCAACAUUAUUCCUGUUAUUGAAGAUGCUCGGCACCCACACAAAUACCGCAUGCUCAUCGCAAUGGUGGAUGUGAUCUUUGCCGAUGUGGCCCAGCCAGACCAGACCCGGAUCGUAGCCCUGAAUGCCCACACUUUCCUUCGUAACGGAGGACACUUUGUGAUUUCUAUUAAGGCCAACUGCAUUGACUCCACGGCCUCUGCUGAGGCUGUGUUUGCCUCUGAAGUGAAGAAGAUGCAGCAGGAGAACAUGAAGCCCCAGGAGCAGUUGACCUUAGAGCCGUAUGAAAGAGACCACGCAGUGGUGGUGGGUGUGUACAGGCCACCUCCCAAGGUGAAGAACUGAAGCCCCGCACCAUCUGGAUUGCCAGGAGAUUGUGUUGCUACUGUUUCACGUGUGUUUUUCUAUUAAAAGACUCAUCCAGGGGCACCUGGGUGGCACA